UGGUGCAGUGCGCCGUGUUCCACCCGACGCGGCCGCAGCUGUUCGUGGCCACGCAGCGCGCGGUGCGCGUGUACGACCUGCUGAAGCAGGAGCUGCUGCGCAAGCUGCAGACGGGCGCGCAGUGGAUCAGCCACAUGGCCGUGCACCCGGCCGGGGACAACCUGCUGGUCUGCUCCUACGACAGGAAGUGCAUAUGGUUCGACCUGGAGCUGUCGUCGAGGCCGUACCAGACGCUCCGCCUGCACGGGGGCGCGGUGCGGUCGGUGUCGUUCCACCGCCGGUACCCUCUGUUCGCGUCGGGCGGCGACGACGACAACAUCGUGGUCAGCCACGGCAUGGUCUACAACGACCUGCUGCAGAACCCGCUGCUGGUGCCGCUGAAGUCGCUGGCGGCCGGCGCGCGCGCCGCCGACCUCAACGUGCUGGAGCUGCGCUGGCACCCCGCGCAGCCCUGGCUGGCCGCCGCCUGCGCCGACGGCACUCUGCGGCUCUACGCCUAGCUACCGCAUCGGGACUACUGCGGCAUUGUUCUCACAGUGCUUGUAAAUAUUAUAUUAAAUCUUUGUAACGUGAAUGUAAUGUUUAAGUAAAAUAUACAACAAUAAAUGUA